AUGAAGACUCUCAAAACAGCUAGGUUCCCACAGAAUAAGAUUGUCCGACACCCUAUCCUGAUGACAGGCUUUGAAGGAAGUCAGAUCCAUACAUAUGGGUAUGCAUACAUAGAUUUGAAGGUAGGGCUUAUUCAGUCAAAAGUCAAGUUCCAUGUGAUCGAACAAGAGCCCGACUAUCUCAUGAUACUUGGACAUCCAUGGCUCCAUGAUAACAAGGUGGUUCCUUCGACGUACCAUCAAUACAUGAAGGCUAUACUCAACAACAAGAUCGUUCGCAUCCCAGCUUCGUCAUCUCCUUAUGCUCCUGUCUACGAUGCUGAGUUCCUUGAAUCUCAAAAGAGCAUUCCGGAGCCUCCAAGCAAGGUUUGCAGCAUUCCACUCCCACGUUGGAAGACUAUUUAA